AUGCUUCAGAAGCUUAUACACUACAGCUUUGCAUCAAGAUUCUUUGAAGUGAGCAUUCUCACAGACGAUGACGUUCAACAUGUUGGUCUUGUCUUCACAGUCGAUCCAGUCUCUGAAACGUUUGUGCUCGUGAACUUUGACGACAGCAAAACCACGGUGGACCUCAUUACCAACCACUGUAUCUCAGCCGUAAGAAUACUUAGCGAAGAUAUUGAGACGUACAAGUCACAGUUGGACAUUCUUUUUCGACCAAAGAGUGGGAAAGAGUUGACAUUCGAGGAAAUGAAGCAACGACAGAACAUUGUCAGGAUGUGGCUUCUAAAGAACAGGCUGCCGGUGGAAAUUACUGGCGCCAAUGAGGAGUUCUUGACCAUUGCUGAUGCUCUUGUUAUUCAGCCUCCGUAUGGGGCAGGGAACUGUGUCAGCACGAAUGAAAUCAUCUUAGGAAAGAUUCAGGGUCUCAUUAAAACAUGCCUGCUGACCAGCAAGAAUGGUAGAUUGCUGAGUGAAGUUUAUAAAGUUGGACUUUAGGUGUGAGUCUUUCAACUAAAGUUGUUGAACUCUGGAUUGAAGUAAUGGUGUGUCAAGAAUGUG